AUGAACCUGGAUGCUCUGUUCCAGCAAAUACAGUUCAUGGAGAAGCAGGCGAGGGAGAAGAGGAGCUUCAUCCAACAAGCUAAAUGCGACAUAAAUAGAUGUUAUGAGAAAAUUAUCCAAAUGAAAGAAGAGCUGAGCGCUGCAAAAAUUAACUUAGAAACCAAGGUUCAGCAUCUUUCUGUAAAGCAGUUCAAUGCAGAAAUUCUGAAGAAACGUGAAGACAGCUUAGAAAAACAAAAAGCUGAACUUGUGAAUCAAAGAGCCAGGCUUCUUAAAAUCAUGGCAGAUGCAAAGAAAAAAAUUACUGAAGAGGAAGAUAAUUUUACCAGAGAAGUAACAGAGUUUAACAAUGAAUAUGGACUAACAAGUAAUAGAGAUCUUCUUAUUGAAAAGAAAGUCAAGACUGAAAUAAAUGAUUUAGAGAAUGAGGCAGCUCUGUUGAAAAAUGAAAUGGAGUCAAUGGAACAUAAAAAUGUUCAGGUAAAUGAACUCCAGCUGCAGAAGGAUGAAUUAAAGCAGGAUUUAUUUGCUCUCCAAAGUGAGCUCAAAGACCUUGAGAAAGCAAUCAGGGAAGCUGAAAGAAUGACAAAACAUCUAGAAGAAGAAAAAGUUCAAGUCACUGAAAAACCUCAGACUGAUCCUGAAUGUUUAAGACUUAAGAAAGAAUUGGAAAAAUGCAAAGAUGAUAGCUGGGAAAGUGUCUGUGAGACUCUUCAAACAGAAAUUGAAAUUCUGCAAAUGAAUUUAUCACAAAAGAAGUCUUCAGGGAAAUGA